AUGCUGCGGAUUCGGACAGUAUCGGGUAAAGGACUCGAUGCGCUGGACUUGGCGAGCUUUCUGGAGAUGCUGCCUGCAGGGCUGCAUCCUGUCCGGGCACUGAAGCAACGCUUGCACAGUGUUCAUGGGCUGCCAAGGUUCAGGCAAAGGCUGUUAUCCCUCAAUGAAGAGUCGAUUCUUGAUGAGCAGCAUUCGUUGAGACCCGGCGAGGUGCAGGUAGUACUGUUAAACUUCUGCCCGGCUUCUGUAGCGGAAGUGCAUGCGCUUCGGGAUGCUGCAAGAAGCGGCCUGACAUCCGAGGUGGAGCACAUUCUAGAAAGGCCGCAAGACCCAGAUUUGGGCGAUCCGCUCCCACUGUUCCAGGCAUCCGAGCACGGCCACGUGGAGGUGGUGCGCCUGCUGCUGGAGGCCAAUGCGGACAAGGACAAGGCCGUGAAUGAUGGCGACACCCCUUUGUUCAUCGCAGCUGACCAAGGGCAUUUGGAAGUUGUACGUCUCUUGCUGGAGGCCAAUGCGGAUAAGGACAAGAGCAUGAAUGAUGGCGCCACCCCUUUCUGCGUCGCAGCUCACCACGGGCAUUUGGAGGUUGCACGUCUCUUGCUGGAGGCCAAUGCGGAUAAGGACAAGAGCAUGAAUGAUGGCGCCACCCCUUUCUGCAUCGCAGCUCACCACGGGCAUUUGGCGGUUGCACGUCUCUUGCUGGAGGCCAAUGCGGAUAAGGACAAGAGCAUGAAUGAUGGCGCCACCCCUUUGUGCAUCGCAGCUGAGCAGGGGCAGUUGGAGGUUGCACGUCUCUUGCUGGAGGCCAAUGCGGACAAGGACAAGGCCAAGGAGGAUGGCGCCACCCCUUUGUUCAUGGCAGCUCAGAAUGGGCAUUUGGAGGUUGCUCGUUUCUUGCUGGAGGCCAAUGUGGACAAGGACAAGGCCAUGAAUGUUGGCGCCACCCCUUUGUUCAUUGCAGCUCAGAAUGGGCAUUUGGAGGGUGCACGUCUCUUGCUGGAGGCCAAAGCGGACAAGGACAAGGCCAUGAAUGAUGGCGCCACCCCUUUGCUCAUCGCAGCUCAGAAUGGGCAUUUGGAGGGUGCACGUCUCUUGCUGGAGGCCAAAGCGGACAAGGACAAGGCCAUGAAUGAUGGCGCCACCCCUUUGCUCAUCGCAGCUCAGAAUGGGCAUUUGGAGGGUGCACGUCUCUUGCUGGAGGCCAAUGCGGAUAAGGACAAGAGCAGGAAUGAUGGCGCCACCCCUUUCUGCAUCGCAGCUCACCACGGGCAUUUGGAGGUUGCACGUCUCUUGCUGGAGGCCAAUGCGGAUAAGGACAAGAGCAUGAAUGAUGGUGCCACCCCUUUCUGCAUCGCAGCUCACCACGGGCAUUUGGAGGUUGCACGUCUCUUGCUGGAGGCCAAUGCGGAUAAGGACAAGAGCAUGAAUGAUGGCGCCACCCCUUUCUGCAUCGCAGCUCACCACGGGCAUUUGGAGGUUGCACGUCUCUUGCUGGAGGCCAAUGCGGACAAGGACAAGGCCAAGGAGGAUGGCGCCACCCCUUUGCUCAUCGCAGCUCAGAAUGGGCAUUUGGAGGUUGCACGUCUCUUGCUGGAGGCCAAUGCGGAUAAGGACAAGAGCAUGAAUGAUGGCGCCACCCCUUUGUGCCUCGCAGCUGAGCAGGGGCAGUUGGAGGUUGCACGUCUCUUGCUGGAGGCCAAUGCGGACAAGGACAAGGCCAAGGAGGAUGGCGCCACCCCUUUGUUCAUGGCAGCUCAGAAUGGGCAGCUGGAGGUUGCUCGUCUCUUGCAGGAGGCCAAUGCGGAUAUGGACAAGGCUAUGAAUCGUGGCGCCACCCCUUUGUUGACCGCAGCAAGCAGGGGCAGUUGGAGUUUGCGCGCCAUUUGCUGCAGGCACACGCGGACGCUUCGAGGGCUUAUAGGGUCAGCAUUGGCAAGCCAUUCGUGCAGAAGACGCGAAAUUGAUUCCGGACAUCGCCGGACAUGA